UGUGUGUGUGUGUGUGUGCGUGUGGAGGAAAGGAGGAGACUGCUGCAACCUGAGACACACACACACGCGCACACGAUCUCAUCCCAUGCACGCUAGACUGAAACACAGGGAACUUUGAUUUGACGGUGAACAGGACGAUAAGGGCGCUGGGAGGCUCAGACGUGACGCGUGUCUGAGGUAUGAUGUCCUUGGACUCUGCUCAAUGAAGAUCUAUCGCUGUCUGUUCUCUCGUCAGUGUCGCUAAUGGGCCGCUUGGUUUGUGACUGCGCUCGGCUCGGCCGGCUGAACGUGAGGGCGGUGUGAGCGCAUUGUUUCCAGCCUCGCUUUGCAAGAGAGCGCCGGUCGUCUUCAGGCUGCCUGCCGGGAUGUCUGCAAUAUUUCGGUCUUUGUUUCUGGUCCUGUUCAGCCUCCUGUUGGUGGGUGCCCAGACGGAGAUGAAGAGGGUUGUGGGGGACAACGCCACCCUACCGUGCCACCAUCAGUUGUGGCAGUCCAACCCACAGACUCUUGACAUAGAGUGGCUACUGCAUAGACCUAACUCCAAACAGAAAGUGAUCAUCACCUUCUUCGCGGGUCAUGUUUACACCAACGAGGCAACUGGCAGUGAGGCCAGCCGUCUGUCUUUUGCUGGGGAGUACCUGAAUGGAGACGCCUCCCUGCUGAUCAGCGACCUGCUGCUGACCGACUCUGGGGAGUACUACUGUAAAGUCAAGACUGGGGGGAAGUACCACUGGAGCCAGGUCAACCUCAUUGUGCUGGUCAAGCCUUCAAAGCCGAGGUGCUGGAUGGACGGCAAACUCCUGGAGGGCAGUGACGUCAAGCUUAGCUGCAAGUCCAGCGAUGGUUCAGAGCCCAUCAACUACAAAUGGGAACGAGUGCUGGACAAGGGCAAGAGUCUGGGCAAACUGCCCAACCUGGCACUGAUAGAUCUGAAGAACCCAGAGAUAGUGACAUUGAGGAAUCUGACCAUGGACAGCACGGGCGUCUACAAGUGCACAGCCAGCAAUGACGUUGGAGAGGAAAACUGCAUCAUCGAGGUCACCAUGCAGCAUGUGAGGGAUGUGGGCAUGGUGGCAGGUGCUGUGGUGGGAAUAUCCCUCGGAGUUCUCAUUGUCAUUUUAAUCAUCUGGCUGGUCUUCCGGAAGAAGGAGAAGAAGAAGUAUGAGGAGGAGGAGACUCCCAAUGAGAUCAGGGAGGAUGCCGAAGCUCCCAAAGCCAAGCUGGUGAAGCCCAACUCCUUGUCUUCUUCCCGCUCUGGCAGCUCGCGCUCUGGAGCCUCGUCCACCCAGUCCAUGGUGCAUAACAGCGCCCAGCGUGGCCACCGCCCUCGUCCUCCUGCUGUGGCAGCCCUCAAGGAGAACGGUCAGCCCCCAGGCUUCCCCCAGCCCCCCCCGGCCUACUCCGCUGUGGUCCCACCCAAAACCCCGAGCCCCCCCACCACCCCCAAAUUCAACUCCAGGAACAUGUCUGGGCCCACACCACCCACCCUUAUGGUCCCCGCCCAGACCAAAGCCUUUCAAACUGUGUAGAACUGAAAGCCCCCCUCUCCUUUCUGCAACCCCGUGAGACCCCCAUUCACACCCAGUCCCCCAAUUGCCCCUUCUGAAAGACUAAGACUCUUACAUAAACAAACAAAUGCAACUCGUAAAAAGGAUGUAAUUAAAAGAAUCAAUACUAUAAGUCUAAAAGUACUUUUAAUGAAUGCAUACUUAAAAAGGGAAAAUAAGACAUGCUUGCCCCCCCCCACUGAAUUACAUAAAACAACAAAACAAAAAAGAAACAAGACCCAAAUGCGACGCUGUUCGUGUCUCUUGGCAAAAGGAAGAACAUCCUUUCUGUGUUUCUUCUUUCGAAUUUGGAAGGCGCAGGGAAAUGCCGUGU